AUGUCAAAUCGGAUGGCUCGUUCGCGAAACGACUGCAGCAGAAGAGGCAACGGCGAUGAGCGGUAUCAGCCCCAACAACCGCAGCCGCUCCUAGCGAAGUCGACACAAGCGUCGCAAUAUUUCCAUGGUACUGUCGCUCGUUCGAGCCAGAACGCGAAACGUUGCUCUGUUCUUGCGGUUCUUCGCGUACUAGACGGUAUAGCCGUGGCCAUGGUCGACGUAACACGUGUCGAUUGUUUCGGGAAAAUGAUCGAACAAUCGGCUAAUGUAAUCGCGAAGAGAAUCAGUCUCUUGCUAUCUAUCUGUCUAUUUUGGCUUGUUCUUAUCUAUCUAUCUAUCUAUAUAUCUAUUCUAUUAAUUUUGGCUUGUUCUUAUCUAUCUAUCUAUCUAUCUAUCUAUUUUGGCUUGUUCUUAUCUAUCUAUCUAUCUAUCUAUCUAUCUAUUUUGGCUUGUUCUUGUCUAUCUAUCUAUCUAUCUAUUUUGGCUUGUUCUUGUCUAUCUAUCUAUCUAUCUAUUUUGGCUUGUUCUUGUCUAUCUAUCUAUCUAUCUAUCUAUUUUGGCUUGUUCUUGUCUAUCUAUCUAUCUAUCUAUCUAUUUGCCAUAUUAAGACCAUGCCACAGGGGCUAUCUAUCUAUCUAUCUAUCUAUCUAUCUAUCUAUCUAUCUAUCUAUCUAUUAA